UUUGAAGCAGUUUCUUCAGUACUGUACUUCCUCAUGCACUUACCCACCCACUGACUCGUUUCCACUCUCAGGUUGAAGCCUCUGUGAUCUCGGAUAAUUCCCGGUUGCCUUCUGCUUCCCUUUUCUAUAUCGAGUUCUGCUCCACCUGAAUCAGGGAGCUGCCGGACUCCAGCCCUUCAGACUUUUAACAUCGAAGAGAACCAUGGAGAAGCCGGGGACUUCCAGAAUCCUGACCCUCUCUCUGUUUCUCUCCUGUCUGUUGUGGGGUGUAGUGAAUGGGCAGAAUGGAUGUGAGGAUUGUUACCGGAUUGAUGCAGGAGUCAUUGCCGGAAUAAUAAUCGGCGAUGUCAUGAUAACGAUCAUGAUCGCCAUGACAAUCUACUACUUUGCCAGGAGGGGAGUGACAGACGGGACCAAUGGUAAUGAGUUACCACAGCCAACGAGCAAACCCAAAGUGGACGCAGAGUCAACAUAUGAGGAGCUGCGAGGGCCUGAGAAAGGCUUGUACAGCGAGUUAAAUCCCAGGCACAAGUAAGACCCGACCUCUGAUGCCCAUGCUGGAGCCAGGACUCUCUGGAUCACCAGCCCAGAACCUGAUCCCUCUUCUCCGCUUAACCCAGCUGCAGUUUGGCACAUCCGUCUUGCCGUUAUUUUGUUCACACUUCGGGGAGCUACCCUCUCCCCCCCUCGAUCCCAAUACCUGCUGUGCUGUAGUGGAAAUGUUAGUUUCAGUGAGGUUUGCAACCCUGUUCUGUGUUGAAUUCACGCUGGUGAUAUUCUUCUCCUGCCUGUAACUCACUCCUACUGAUGUGUUAGUCUGCCUGUAACUCACUCCUACUGAUGUGUUAGUCUGCCUGUAACUCACUCCUGGCCAAUUGUUACCUUGUCUGUAUCGCAUUCCUGGUGAGUGUGUGUAACCUGCUCCCAGUGACAGGUUAUCCUGUGUGUAACUCACUCCCAGUGACGCGUUAUCCUGUGUGUAACUCGCUCCCAGUGAUGCGUUAUCCUGUGUGUAACUCACUCCCAGUGAUGGGUUAUCUUGGUGUAACUUGCUCCCAGUGAUGCGUUAUCCUGUGUGUAGCUCACUCCCAGUGAUGCGUUAUCCUGUGUGUAACUCACUCCCAGUGAUGCGUUAUCCUGUGUGUAACUCACUCCCAGUGACAGGUUAUCCUGUGUGUAACUCACUCCCAAUGAUGGGUUAUCCUGUGUGUAGCUCACUCCCAGUGAUGCGUUAUCCUGUGUGUAACUCGCUCCCAGUGAUGUGUUAUCCUGUGUGUAACGCACUCCCAGUGACAGGUUAUCCUGUGUGUAACUCACUCCCAGUGACAGGUUAUCCUGUGUGUAACUCGCUCCCAGUGACAGGUUAUCCUGUGUGUAACUCGCUCCCAGUGAUGUGUUAUCCUGUGUGUAACUCACUCCCAGUGACAGGUUAUCCUGUGUGUAACUCUCUCCCAGUGACAGGUUAUUCUGUGUAACUCACUCCCAGUGACAGGUUAUCCUGUGUGUAACUCGCUCCCAGUGAUGCAUUAUCCUGCGUGUAACUCACUCCCAGUGACAGGUUAUCCUGUGUGUAACUCACUCCCAGUGAUGGGUUAUCCUGUGUGUAGCUCACUCCCAGUGAUGCGUUAUCCUGUGUGUAACUCGCUCCCAGUAAUGUGUUAUCCUGUGUGUAACCCGCUCCCAGUGAUGUGUUAUCCUGUGUGUAACUCACUCCCAGUGACAGGUUAUCCUGUGUGUAACUCGCUCCCAGUGAUGGGUUAUCCUGUGUGUAACUCACUCCCAGUGACAGGUUAUCCUCUGUGUAACUCGCUCCCAGUGAUGCGUUAUCCUGUGUAUAACUCACUCCCAGUGACAGGUUAUCCUGUGUGUAACUCUCUCCCAGUGACAGGUUAUUCUGUGUAACUCACUCCCAGUGACAGGUUAUCCUGUGUGUAAUUCGCUCCCAGUGAUGCAUUAUCCUGCGUCUAACUCACUCCCAGUGACAGGUUAUCCUGUGUGUAACUCACUCCCAGUGACAGGUUAUCCUGUGUGUAACUCACUCCCAGUGGCAGGUUAUCCUUUGUGUAACUCUCUCCCAGUGACAGGUUAUCCUGUGUGUAACUCACUCCCAGUGACAGGUUAUCCUGUGUGUAACUCGCUCCCAGUGAUGUGUUAUCCUGUGUGUAACUCACUCCCAGUGAUGCGUUAUCCUGUGUGUAACUCACUCCCAGUGACAGGUUAUCCUGUGUGUAACUCACUCCCAGUGACAGGUUAUCCUGUGUGUAACUCUCUCCCAGUGACAGGUUAUCCUGUGUGUAACUCACUCCCAGUGACAGGUAUCCUGUGUGUAACUCACUCCCAGUGACAGGUUAUCCUGUGUGUAACUCUCUCCCAGUGACAGGUUAUCCUGUGUGUAACUCACUCCCAGUGACAGGUUAUCCUGUGUGUAACUCUCUCCCAGUGAUGCGUUAUCCUGUGUGUAACUCACUCCCAGUGAUGCGUUAUCCUGUGUGUAACUCACUCCCAGUGACAGGUUAUCCUGUGUGUAACUCACUCCCAGUGACAGGUUAUCCUGUGUGUAACUCUCUCCCAGUGACAGGUUAUCCUGUGUGUAACUCUCUCCCAGUGAUGUGUUAUCCUGUGUGUAACUCACUCCCAGUGACAGGUUAUCCUGUGUGUAACUCUCUCCCAGUGACAGGUUAUCCUGUGUGUAACUCUCUCCCAGUGACAGGUUAUCCUGUGUGUAAUUCCCUCCCAGUGACGGGUUAUCCUGUGUAACUCAAGCCUAGCGAAGUCUUAUCCAGUGUUGAUUCUUUGUUCACAUUGUUGGUGCCUCUGAAGAUUCACAAUUUGGGAUCUUGAUUUUCAAAAGGUUCCAUCUUUCCGUGUUUUCAAUAAACCUCCCUGAAUCUCA